UUAGAGGGCUCUUUUUAAGACAUCUAGACGUGGUAUGCUGAUGUGGCACUGCCCGCCCCGCCUCCUCUGCCUCACGCACUUCCGACUAACUCCGUUCCUCGUCCUGCACAUGUAAUCAUGGCGCCCCCCAUUCCUCUGCUCGCAGUGCGUGGAUCAGAGGGGACAUCUUUGUUGUGCGGACCGCCGCAGUGUGAGGAUGCCUCCUUCUUCCAGAGGGACAGUCGGCCCAGCAGGUCGGUCGCCUUCAGCAGGGACGGGACGCUCUUUGGCUGGUGCAAUGGACACAGUGUGUCUGUGUUAAAAUGCGCUGAUGGCUCUGUGGUGUCCACCUUGGAUCUCCCAAAAACGGCAAUGCUGGAGUUCUCUCCCCUCAACAGCAUCCUGGUUACCUGGCAACCGUACACCAAGACUCAGGACAGUCCUCAGGGUGACGCCAACCUGCAGCUGUGGGAGUUACCGAGUGGCCGCCUGAUCAAAGCUCUGUAUCAGAAGAAAGUCGACUCCUGGUGUCCCAGAUGGUCUGAAGAUGAGAAGCUCUGUGUUCGGAGCGUCAACAACGAGCUGCACUUCUUUGAGAACAACGAUUUCAAUUCAAUCGCAAACAAGUUGCACAUGCAGAAAGUAUCUGACUUUGCUUUGUCGCCUGGAGCUCAGCCCAGCAAGGUUGCCAUAUAUGUCCCAGGAAUCAAAGGAGCGCCAUCAUUUGUGCGUCUGUAUCAGUACCCGGUUCUGGGCGGGCCGAGCGCUGCGCUGGCCAACAAGAGCUUCUUUAAGGCGGACAAAGUCAGAAUGCAGUGGAACCAAAAAGCGUCGGCCAUCCUGGUCACGGCGAGCACCGAGGUGGACAAAAGCGGAGCUUCAUAUUAUGGCGAGCAGACAUUGCACUACCUGGCAGUGAACGGAGAGACGGCGCUGGUUCAGCUCGCGAAAAACGGGCCAAUCUACGACGUGGCGUGGAGUCCAAACUCCAUGGAGUUCUGCGUGGUGUACGGCUUCAUGCCGGCCAAAGCCACGGUCUUCAACCUGAAGUGUGACCCGGUGUUCGACUUUGGCACUGGUCCCCGCAAUGCUGCCUACUACAGUCCUCAGGGUCACAUCCUUGUACUGGCUGGCUUCGGGAACCUAAGAGGCCAUAUGGAGGUUUGGGACGUGAAGAAGUAUAAACAGAUGUCCAAGCCCGAGGCUCCGGACGCCACCUUUUUCUCCUGGUGUCCGGAUGGCGAGCACAUUGUCACGGCAACGUGUUCCCCCCGGCUGCGGGUCAGUAACGGAUUUAAGAUCUGGCACUACACGGGCUCGGUGCUGCACAAACACAGCGUUGCUGAGAACUCGCAGCUUUGGGAGGUGUGCUGGCAGUCCUUCCCAAGCGGGGCGUUUCCUGAGCGCCCCGUAAAGUACCAGGCAGCACCCAGUGAGCUGGGGACCACUCAGGCUGCACCCACGCAGGCGUACCGCCCACCAGCACUGAGACACCUACCCGCCACACCCAGCUCCAAACUGCACAAGGAUGAGCCUCCUCAGGACCUCCGAAAAGGACACUCAGGAGAGAAGAGUCUCUCCAAGUCUGCUCUGAAGAACCAGAGGAAGCGCGAAGCUAAGAAAGCAGCCAAACAGGAGGCCAAACCUGACCCUGAACCUGCGUCUGCUCCCGCCCCCGUGAGCAACAGCCAAUCAGAGGCAAGCAGCGGCGACCCAGAGACAGACAAGAAGAUCAAGAAUCUAAAGAAGAAGCUAAAGGCCAUCGAGGAGCUGAGGGAGCAGCAGGCGUCUGGAAAAGUUUUGCAGAAAAACCAGGUGACGGAUCUCAAAACAUUGACUAACAUCAUCUGCAAACAGUAUAACAUUAGGAUACGUAAAAAUGACAUCAAUGUUAUCUUCCUUUCUGCUGCAGCUUGAGAAGAUGCAGAAGGAGGAGCAGCUGCUGAAGGAGCUGCAGGAGCUUCAGAUUGAACAGUAGGAGGCCAUAUUCACCUCCCAUCAUGCUUCACUCUGUCACACAUCCUGGAUCAGUGGAGCCACCCUCUGAUUUACAGACUGGAUGGAGGCGGAGUUUCAUAAUGAACCUUUGUUGUUUCAGCUGAUCAGUUAGAUACAGAUAUUUUAGAUCAGUUCUGGGAAAUGUAGGCUGCAGAAGGUUUUAGUUCAACGGCUGUUUUUUUUGUGAAAGAUGGAAAAUGCUGCCUCAUCUGUACAUAAUUCUUUAACAAUAAAAGCCUCUUCUGACACAAA